GCAUUUCCGUUUUUCCAGAGAGAGCAGGCGAAGGAAAAAUAAAGAGGAAGGGCGGGCGGUUUUUAUUUAUUUUUUCUUUUUUGCCUCCUUUUAAUAAUUAACUCUUUCCUUGCUUCCUACUCUCUCUCCGAGAUGGGCAGCCACGUGGAGCCUACGACCGUCACCGCUGGCCCUACGCUGCUCUCUCCGCCACAUGAAUCUCAUGAUCUUGUUCCCGUCGGAUCCGCUGAGACGGAGGAGGAGAUCGAGAUUCUAUCUCCGCUAUCCGAUGAGGAUCACGACCACGACCACGCUCACGGUCAAGAUCGGGAUCAAAAGCAGAAUCACGAGAACUCGUCGGCGAAUGCUGUCCUCACCGAUGAUCUCAAAAACAAGAUCAUUAAGCAGGUGGAAUAUUAUUUUAGCGAUGAAAAUUUGCCGACGGAUAAGUAUAUGAUGAGUCUGAUUAAGAAGAACAAAGAAGGUUUUGUUUCUAUAUCGAUGAUUGCUUCUUUUAGGAGAAUGAAAAGACUCACCAGAAGCUAUCCAUCAAUAGUUGCCUCGCUUAAAGAGUCGUCCAUGCUUGUUCUUAGUUCUGAUGGGAAGAAGGUGAAGCGCCGCAAUCCUCUUCCACCCAUUGAGGUCAGGGACCCUAAGUUAUUCACUGUUUUGAUAGAAAACCUUCCAGAGGAUCAUUCAGUUGAGAACAUUUGGAGGAUAUUUGGUGAAGUUGGACACAUAAAGAACAUAUCCCUCCGUGAUCCUCAUGCUGCGGAAGAGUCGAAGAAAAAUGCCAGGGCAGAUAUCUUGGUCAGCAGCAAGUUACAUGCUCUAGUGGAGUAUGAGACCGUGGAGGCUGCUGAAAAAGCUGUAACUACUUUUAAUGAUGAACGCGACUGGAGAAAUGGCAUGCAUGUUAAGCUUCUUAAGAGAAUGGGCAAGUAUGCUCCGCGAAAGCAACCUUGGAGGGGACCUGAGCCUGAAAAGAACUGCAAUGCUCGAGCAUCUGAUCAAACAGGAGAUGAUGAGAAUCAUACCUUGAGUCAGCAUCAUGAAGGUUUACCGGAUGUUGAGGAUGGUGAGCAUUUGUCCAAGGAGAAAAACGGGCAGCGACCUAGAAACAAAGGACGUGCAAGGAAACCGAAAACACGUGGUGGUACCAAUGGAAUUGGUAUCAGAACAAUCCACAGCACUAAUCUUUUUCUGUAUAUUCUUUCUUUUUUCCCAUACGGUAAUAAUUUUCUUCAAAAUCUUAUGUUAUACAGGCCACGGAACGACAUCCUCAUCUCAUGCCAUUGAACCAGCAAAGCCACCUCCGGGCCCUAGAAUGCCCGACGGAACUAGGGGAUUCACAAUGGGACGUGGACGACCGCCCAUCUCUAAGUAGUCCUUACCGAGUUGUGCGCGUGCCCUGGUAUAAUCUAUCUGGAUUAUGUGUUGGUUGUUGUGAUUGUGAAAGUGUACAGACGUGGGAAGCUGGAAGAAGGGGAUUAUCUUAUAAAUGUGGUUUCAAAGGCUUUGAAAUCCAGUUUAUGGUUUAUUUGGUGAUGCUGUUAGUUUUAUAUAUCUUUUGCAAACUGGCAUCGAUGGUGAAAAAUAGCGCCUACAUGGCUUUUGUU